AUGGACAAACAGACUUUGAAAGCAGCGAUUCUUGUUGUAUCGACCACCGCAGCUAAAGAUGCAUCGACAGACUCCUCAGGGCCUAUAUUAAAAGAUGUUUUUGAGGAGAUAGGCGGCCAAUGGGAAGUCGUAGAAACGAAGAUGGUGACUGAUAGUGUAACGGAUAUUCAGAGAAGUGUGAUGUCUUGGACGGAUCAGGAAAAUGCUGUCAACGUUGUGAUCACUACUGGUGGGACUGGAUUUGCCGUCUCAGAUAAUACUCCCGAGGCUAUUGCACCCCUUUUACACAAGCAAGCCCCGGGACUUGUUCAUGGAAUGCUUGCAGCUUCAUUGGCAGUCACUCCUUUUGCUCUCAUGUCAAGACCUGUAGCCGGAGUUCGUAAUAAAACAAUAAUCGUGACAUUACCUGGAUCACCCAAAGGUGCUAAAGAGAACCUUCAAUCAAUCUUGAAGCUCUUACCACAUGCCUGCCUUCAGGCUGCAGGAGCCGAUUCCCGAGAACUUCAUGCGGGAGGUGUGAAGAAGCUUGAAAAUGAUGCCGGAAUUGGCUCUGCGGUGUCUUCUCGGCCAGCACAUUCACAUAACCACAUUCAUUCUCAUAGUCACUCGCACGACCAUGGACAUAGUCAUAAUCAUAGUCAUGGACACGCAAUGCCCGUUAGACAUACUGCGCCAGAUGAGAAUCCUCGAUCAAAUGAUCCUGCUCUUGGUCCAACGCGACGCAGUCGUUCAUCACCUUACCCUAUGAUAUCAGUCGAUGAGGCUUUAGGACUAAUUGAAACACACACUCCUCCACCACAAGCCGUGGAAGUGGACGUAAAUGGAGAUAUUGUAGGAUCUUUUCUAGCGGAAGAUGUCACGGCAAAUGAAGCUGUCCCAGCAUAUCGCGCCAGUAUUGUAGAUGGAUAUGCGGUUAUUGCCACAGAAGGGAAAUCAAAUAAAGGCGUAUUUCCUGUAGCAUCGAUAUCCCAUGCCACUGCGGGUGAGCAUCCUCUUCUUGAAGAAGGUCAGAUUGCACGCAUUACAACUGGUGCACCCCUUCCGCCUGGAGCUACUUCUGUAAUAAUGGUCGAAGAUACUGUACUUAAAACGAUGACGGAGGACGGUAAAGAGGAGAAAGAAGUCGAAAUAUUAGCUGAUGUGGUCAAACCUGGUGAGAAUGUUAGGGAAAUCGGUAGCGAUAUCAAAGCUGGAUCUGUCAUAAUGCGUAAAGGAGAGGAAAUAUCUGCCAAUGGUGGCGAACUCGGUUUACUCACCUCUGUUGGCAGAGCAAAAGCUAUUGUUUACAAGAAACCAAUAGUCGGUGUUCUUUCUACUGGUGAUGAAAUAGUCGAACACAAUAGACCUGGCUCUCUUAGAUUGGGGGAAGUUCGUGAUUGCAAUAGGCCAACAAUCAUGGCAGCGGUGCGAGCUCUAGGAUUCGAAGUCGUAGAUCUUGGUAUCGCUCGAGAUAAGCCAGGAGACUUAGAACAGACACUGCGGGAUGGACUUCGAAAGGUUGACGUCGUCAUCAGCACAGGCGGUGUAUCAAUGGGCGAGCUAGAUCUUCUAAAGCCAACUAUUGAGAGAUCUUUGGGUGGAAUAAUUCAUUUUGGGCGUGUUUCGAUGAAACCAGGAAAACCAACAACCUUCGCAACGGUACCGGUGAAGAACAAUGAUGGCGAAAGAGUUUCAAAGGUCAUAUUUUCUCUGCCAGGAAAUCCAAUCUCCGCUCUAGUUACUCUCCAUUUGUUUGUUCUGCCUUCUCUACAUCGCGCUUCUGGAAUAUCUCCCGUAGGAUUGUCGAAAGUUCCAGUAACUCUAUCACACGAGUUUCGUUUAGAUCGUCAAAGGGUUGAAUACCAUAGAGCGAUAGUAACAAUCGCCAAGGAUGGUCUUUUGUAUGCAAGUAGCACUGGUAUGCAACGUAGCUCAAGGGUUGGAAGCUUGAAGAGUGCAAAUGCAUUAUUGUGCUUACCAAUCGGAUCAGAGGAUUUACCGAAGGGGACAAAGGUCGAAGCGAUGCUGAUGAGUAGAGUCAGAAGUGAAUAUGAGAUUUAG